GAAGGUUUGCUCAAUCGAUCAUGCAUCGGUGACCUGAUCUCAGCGCGCACGAUAAUCGGCCCAGCCUGGAGGAUGUAGGGCUAGGCAGGGCCUGCCGAAGGCACUUACCUCAUCAUCAUAACCCGCACAUGUCAACGUGGGUCUAGCGGCGCCGGAAGUUCGGCGACGUCACCAUGGUGUAGUUUUGAGCGUUGCGUUAUCUUUUAUUAAGUCGCCGCAUGCGCCGUCAUAUUUUAUAUGUAAUUCCAGACUCCGUACACGUACUCAUCCAAGUUCCCCAACACCUGGUGUAACCAAACGUCAAGUUUUCAACAGCCGCUAAACUCUCACGACAAACCAACACACUUGCACCCCAAGUCAAAGCAAUUUCCACUUAAGACAAAAUGAAGGUUCUUACCAAGGAAGAGGAGGAGGCGCAUUACAAUGCCACAGUCAAGGGCGGAUCAAUCGGUGGUAUCAUUGGUACGGCGGUAGGCGCUGCUGGUGUCAUGGCUGCGAGUAGAAGAUACCACUCCUUCAGAGCGCUCACCGUCCCGUUCCGAGCUUUCUUGGUCGCUUCAACAGGAACAUUCGUUGCUGUCAUUGCCGCCGAUCGAGCCUCCGCAGCGUACGAUAUCGAACACACACCCGAAAAGAAGCGCCAAGUUGAACGCGAGAGGGAGCGCGAAGCCCUCUACGAACAGAACAGAACCGCUUUCGAGCGUGCGAAAGACUGGGCGACCGAAAACCGAUACCCACUUCUCUUCGGUUUCUGGAUUGCCUCCAUGGCUGGCUCAUGGCACAUGGUCAACCGCAACCCAUACCUGAGCGGAUCACAAAAGCUAGUGCAGGCGCGUAUGUACGCACAGGGUGGCACACUGGCGGCGCUGCUAGGCAGCUUUGCGAUUGAGGGUGCGGAUGCAGCGAAGGGCAAGGGAAGGUGGGAGACAAUCAGGGUUAUUGACCCGAAUGAUCCCGAACACAAGCAUGUUAUUGAGAAGAAGAUCCAUCACGAGAGAUACGCUGGCGAGGACCAGUGGAGAGAGAUGGUAGAGGCCGAAGAGCAACGCGAGAAGGAGCGCAAGGCUGCUGCAGCAGGCAAAGAGCACCAGGCGAAACAGCAUCAGCAUGCUGCUGACAAGAAGGAGGAGAAGGCCGAGAAAGAAGAAGACCAGAAGAAGAAGAACAAGGCUUAAGCAUGGGUUGACCUCAUUUCCCACACCGACUCACGACGACCUCGAAUACCUCCAUUCUUCCGAUCGGCCCCUGGUUCGGUCUAUCCCUUGUCUUUUAAGAGCUCCAUCAUCAUUAUUGGCGUUUGGAUAAAAAUCAAUCUGCGGCCCUUCUCCUUGUACCUAUUACGUCUGUAUGAUUAGGGCAUGUCCUGGUGGCUGGAUUGCGAAGCGGCGUCCGCGUUGUAUGCAGAUAUGAGCGCAUUUUAUCGUACCUAUGGAAAUCAGU